CACGCCGGCUACAACCUCACUGGGCUGUUGACACGCUAUGGCAAUCCUAACGUGCACCCGGGUGAGUCUGGUCUUGCUCGCGGCGGGCGUGGUCGCCUGCUUUGCCUACAUCGGUGCGCUCAAGCCCCCUUACUGGGACCAAGAGCCCCCUGCAUUCAACACGGCAGCGUGUGCCGCGUGUGCCAACAAGACUGGCAGCCCUUGCCCCAACGUAUUUGCCUUGGGCUCGCCCGAUAUCAACGACGGGGUUGUCUGUUCCCAAGUGACUUCGACGUGUUGUUGCCCAUACAAAGACCCCAAUUUUGGCUCGGUCCGAUGCGCCAAUAUGUACACGAUGACCACUCCCACUUGCAAGUGCCGGUAUGAACGGCAAUGUGGCGAGAAUUGCUUUCUUAACGAAGGGUUGGUCCCGCUGUUCAUUGGGCUCGUGGGCUGCGCGCUCAUCUUUUGCAUUGGCGUGGGGUCCCUCUGUCACCACAUGUGCAAAUCAAAGCAAGCCCCAUCUCAGCAGCCUGGCGUUGGCCCCGACUGUACAUGAUCGACAAGGUUGUUUCUACUGGUAGUUAGUCGGAUGACAUUAUUACUCCAGUCCCAUCAAUGCUUGCAUCCUUCCUACUAUGACUAGAUAGUAGUACUGUAGUAUGUGGUAAUCAUGGAAUACGUAUCGCCCAAUCAACCCAACCCCAA